AUGGCCACUGUUGCAGUUCCCCAAGCCCAAUCCAUCCACGCGCAGAAAAAGAACAGAAUUCAGGUUUCCAACACCAAGAAGCCUCUCUUCUUUUACGUCAAUCUCGCCAAGAGGUACAUUCAACAGCACAAUGAGGUUGAGCUUUCUGCCCUUGGAAUGGCAAUCACUACAGUUGUCACAAUUUCUGAAAUCUUGAAGAACAAUGGACUUGCCACUGAAAAGAAAGUCUCAACGUCCACAGUUGGCAUGAAAGAUGAGAACAAAGGCCGUCUGGUUCAGAAAGCCAAGAUUGAGAUUGUGCUCGGGAAGUCUGAGAAAUUCGAUUCCCUUGUGGCUGCUUCGACUGUUGCACCAGAGCCGGCUAAUGACGAGAGUAAAUAGAACAAAUAGUAUAGCCUUCUCUAUCUUUUUGUUGUAGUUUUAACAUUCACAUUCUUUGUUGCUCUCUUGCAAAGUGGAGAUAAGUAGAAGAGUAGAUAGCCCCUGCACUGUCAUUUGUAUAGAUGCUCAAGUUCCACCCUAUCUCUU